AUGGGCUCUCAGGCAGCCACAUUUAAAGAAGUUUUCUCAGUCUGUGACUGUGAGGCCAAAACUUUUGACUUCUCAGAGGUGCAGUGUAUCAGAGAACCCUUACUUUUGAACGCACCCACGUUAUCAGCACUUCCCUCAAAGAAAUACUUAGAGGGAUUUAUUGCAAGAUAUAAACAGGGAGCAAUAAACCCACUGUCUGCCUUGCAUCAGUUUGCACAAAUGCUCCAUGUACAGCUUGAAUUGAAAGAAACUGGUGUUGCAGGCAAUAUCAUAAGGCCUUAUUUUGCCUUUUGUGCUGUGUUAGAUGGUAUUUACUACAAGACUGGACUGGGAAAAAACAAGAAGGAGUCUAAAUUAAAUGCAGCAAAACUAGCUCUUGAUGAGCUACUUGACGUGGAGUAUACAGGGACAAAGGCUUUUGAAAAGUCGGGAUCACAGUUUAUGUAUCAAAAACUUUCACGAAUGCUUGAACAAGUAUUUAACAGCCUGACUGCCAAAUAUCCUGAGUACAAAAGUUGUGGCAGUUCGCUGGCUGCCUUCAUCAUUGAAAAAGAUGGACAGCAUGAAGUGGUAGCUAUAGGAACUGGAGAAUGGAACUGCAGCCAGUGCAUGCAACCUUAUGGGAGAGUGUUGCAUGACAGCCAUGCUGUCGUCGUUGCAAGGCGCUCUCUACUUAGUAAAAAUCCAGCGAAGACAGAGAGAUCCAUAUUUUGCACAGCACCAGACUCGAAACUGCUUACACUGAAGCAAAAUACAAGUAUUUUUCUCUACAUGAAUCAGCUGCCAAAAGGAACUGCUCAAUUAAAAUCACAGGUAUGUCUCAAUCCACAGUCUCUAUCUGCUUAUGAAGCUAAUGAAGAGCUAAGUCUCCAUGUUGCUAUAGAAGGGAAGAUUUACCUGACUGUUUGUUGCUCACCUGAAACCAUUAGAGCAAGCAGUAUGUCAGCUAGUGACAAAUUAACAAAAUGGGAAGUGGUUGGUGUUCAAGGAGCACUGCUGAGUCAUUUCAUUGAGCCAGUUUAUAUCAACAGUAUUCUUGUAGGAAAUGGAAAUUGCGAGAAUACAAAAGGGCUAGAAAUAACUAUAAGACAGCGUGUUGACGAUGCACUUACAUCAAAGCUUCCCAUGCCAUAUCUGGUCAACAGAUCUCAUACUUACUUGGUCAGUGCUGCACAGCCAGUUCAAAAAGAGGUUAGGCAGAGUUCUCUUAGUUUGAAUUGGUUGUUGUCAGAUGUAUCACUGGAGGUUGUGGAUGGAUUAAAUGGAAAAACCACGGAAAGUUCACCAUUCAGAAGUGGCAAUCACAUGGCAAGUCGCCUCUGCAAGGCGGCAAUGUUUAGUCGUUUCAGAUUGCUCGCGAAGGAAGCAGAACGGAAUGAUUUGCUUCAAGUUGCAAAGUACCACGAAGCUAAGAUUCAAUCUGAAUUGUACCAAGAAGCCAAAAACUUAUUCCACAGCUACUUGGAGCAACAUGGUUAUGGACCCUGGAUUGUGAAGUCUCUGCAAAUGGAGCAGUUCAGUGGCUGA